CUUCAACGAGAACGGUUUCCGCCCCUCCCCCCCCCUCCUACCGCAGCACCGUCGAAGCAUGCCCGGCCGUCCGCUGCUUCUCGAUCUAGGAAGUCCAAGCGGUCCCAUUUGUCGGUCAUGUCUUUAUAGCAUCCGACGGCAUGUCGCCCGGCCUGCGGCCGCCGCUUACAGCUCCCAGGCGUCUCGGAGGUCGAAGCCGCAACCCAGAAUAGCCGACGCCGUCAGCCGUCCCCCGGACCAGAAUGAGCUCAGGCAAUAUCUCCAAAGCAUUCAGGAGCUGCAGGGGUCUUCCUCCAAGGAUGGCGACGUGCAAGACUUUUCGGUCCGCUUUUUCGAGCAAAACGAGACGAGCCGCGCCGAAGUCGACGAGAAGGAUUUCGACUCUUUGCAGAGCGUACUGGACGGCUCAGACUUCAAAGAUGCAAUUCUCGACAUACAGGGCGCCUUGGAGAGCCAGGAAGAUCGUGACAGUUUUCAGACGGUCAUGCGAGAGAUGGGCGGCGACUUUGACAAGGUGGCUUCGGCCGACGAUAUGGAGAAGAUGUUGGCCAAGAUGCAGGCCUACACCGACUCACUCGACGCGGAGAUGGACAAAUUCGGCGCCGAAUUUGACCUGCCAAAGGAGCUAAUCGACACAUUGCGACAAGACGUGUCGGGCCUGGACGAUCUGGAGGACCUGGAGGACCUGGAGGACAUGCCGGACCUAGAGGGCCUUCCGCUUCUCGAUGAGACGGGGCGACGACGCAUCUCCCCUCCGCAAAUUUCCGAAAAGCCGUGGACACCGAAUCAGCGCAAAAAAAUCACGAGGCUCAACUCCAUCCUGGCUCGCGUAUUUAGGGACCUACGCCGCGAACCUGGCCUGACCAAGAAGAGCGUUUCGUCCGUCUACAAAGCGUACCACGCAGCCAGGCUCCCUCUGGCGCGCGGCUGGGGCAACGUACCGGUUGAUGUCUGGGACCUCCUCUGGACAAUAUUUUCGGCGGACGAGUCCAUCAACACGCACAGACUGGCUCAUGUCUCCAUGCUGGCAAGGGAUAUGAGCGCGGCCAAGAUCACACUCAGUCCGUUGCAACAACUGCUGACCAUUGAGGCCGUUUUUGUCGACGGCUGGGAGGCCAAGGCGAUCGAGAACUGGAGGCGAUGCAUGAGCACCCUGGGUGAUGAGAAAUCAGAGACCUUUCAGCAGUUCUGGGAGCUCGGUGUGCGCAUAUACUGCCGCACCGGGGACGUGGAGCAGGCGCAGCGGGCGGCAGGCAAGCUCCUGGAAAAGCGCCUGGACGCGCGCAUACUCAUGCCUCUGAUCCGGACGCUCUCUGAGCAAGGUACCCCGGAGGGCCAGGAGCAAGCCUGGGCGACCUAUCGGCAGAUGAGGGACCUCUUAGGCGGGGGGAUGAAGCUUGCAGACUACGACCAGGUGGUGGCGUAUUUCCUCACCACCAACCAGACCGAAAAUGCUCUGUACGCCUUUGUCGACAUGAUGAGCGAUGGCCAGAUCGACCUGAAGCGGCAAAAAUACAUGCCCUCGGUCGUCGCAAACAAGUUCUUCCUCGGCAAGUGGCUCAAGCGGCUGAUUGGCGCCGGUGACCUGGACGGCGCCUUCAGCGUGGUCGAGUUCAUGCGAUCAAAGGGCGUUGAUGCGGCGCCGAUACACCUCAACGGCUUGAUCGGUGCAUGGCAGAGGUCGGGCGGUGCCGAUGAUCUCGUCAAGGCGGACAAGUUGGCCUGGGAUAUGAUCGAAUCGCGCGUCAGCUUUGUGCGCGCACGAAAAGCUGGGAGCAUCAUCACUCGACCUGGCCCAUCGUCAGGCACAGCACCUUGGCCAAGGGCCACAUUGGAAACGUUUUGUCUCCUGGCUGAAAACUAUCGCCUGCGCGACCUACACACCAAACUCGCGUCACUGUGGGCUGCGUUCCGCGAUGCCGAGAUCAGCCCCGACGCCUUCAUGAUGAACCAGUUGCUCGAGUCGUACAUCCAGGCCGGGCAGCCCAAAGAGGCCAUGGCGCUGUAUCGCUCCCUCGUGACCGAGCGUGGGGUCGCUCCCGACCCCUAUACUUUCAGCGCGCUGUGGAAGACGCUGGCCGUGAACCGUCUUCACGUCGUCGCCCCCGACGCCCUCGAGGAAGAAGUCGCGGCGACACGCGCCCUCUUCAAGGAGACGCUCAACUUCAAGCACGUGUUUCAACCCGACGGCAUCGACGGGCAGCUCGCCCGCAAGAUGCUCCACACCUUCCGCCGGCUCAAGGACAACGCCGGCCUCCUCGUCGCCAUGACCGCCCUCAAGAACGUGUUGGGCUUCCUGCCGCCCGAGACGCUCGCGUUGGAGCUCCUCCUCGGCACCACCAAGCUCGCGUUGGACACGCCCCCGCAGCGAAGGCGCCUCAUGCUCGCGAAGCGCGACCUCGACCGCGCGCUCCUGGCGUGGGCCAACAACGAAGAAGGCAGCGGCGAGGGCGCGGAGCGUCUCGAGGGCCGCCGCGGCGAGGCCCUCUACGAGUACCUCCAGAAGAGGUUCUGGCCUGACGAGGGCGCCUACGAGGACAAGAGGAGGGUCCUCGUCGAGGUGGCCAAGGAGAUGGGCGUGCACAAGCUCUUGGCGGCAAAGACUGGUGGCGGGCGCAAGGCAUAGAUGGCCGCCGUGUAUGUACGAUUUGUGAUAUAGGAUGAUCUAUAGUGACAGGGGACGGAGGCUGCGCACCCCGGCUUGAUGAUGAGGCUAGAGUGCGGGCUUGUACUUGAUAGUAAACUAGACGACCACCAGAGACAGAUACAUCUUGUAUAGUAUCCCCUACUCUCCCGUCUUGAUAUAG